AUGGGCUUGGAUACCGCUCAGCUUUUGGCGAAUAUUCGCAAGCGAAAAGCUGAGUUGAGUCAAGAUCGGCCUGAGCACAAAAGAAAACCUCUCGAUACCCAAGGUCAUGCGGCAGUUUCAGAAGAACCUCAAAAGCCCCUGGCGCAAGAGCUCUCUAAAGCCAAUCCUUACCUUAGUGAAGCCGGACCCUCGCGCCAAUUCAAGCCUCUAAUCUUUAAUCCACAAGGGAAACAUAUCAAAAUUGCUGAACAACUCAGAAAGCAAGAGGAAAUAGAGCGGAUCAAAGCAACCUGCUCUUCCACGGGGUAUAUACCCCAGCUCCCUCCUAGUAGAGAGUGGUGGGACGAUGGUGCAACUGUCGAGAUCACAGAUGAAAUAUUUUGUCCUGUUCCAAUUGAUGCACCUUCUGAACGGUUGUACGCUGGCGAGGGCAAAAUUUACAUGACGCAACGAGAGCUGAAACGCAUGCGUAAACACACACGAUACGAGCAGCGCCGCGAAGUUCAGGAUCGGAUACGGCUGGGUUUAGACCCCCCUCCACCUCCUAAAAUCUCACAAAAGAACAUCGUAGCUGUGAUUGGUGCGGAAUACUAUUCAGAUCCGACCAAGUUUGAUAAAAUGGCCGCCAGGCAACUCGCAGAACGUGAAAAAGCCCACCAGGAAACAAAUGCCGCCAGGAAGCUAGAUGGCGACGCUAGAUGGGAGAAACAUGUGGCAAAAGUUGAGCGAGACAAAGCAAAAGGACUCAGUUGCGCAGUUUUGAAGUUCAAUGGCGUUGUGAGUGGGGAGCGGCGCUAUAUUUUGGACCAAGGUGCGCAAAAACUUCUAUUGACUGGCGUGCUACUUUGCACGCAACCAUUUUCUCUUGUUGUUGUAGAGGGUGGAGCACUCGAAGUAAAGAAGUUUAAAAAGCUUGCGGCGAAAACGAAAGAACGCGACGAUGCUGGUGAAGCACAGCUUAUUUGGCAGGGAGAGCUUCGAGCCGCCAAAUUCAAGCGGUGGUCGAUACACGCACUGGACUCUAAGAAAUCUCGGGACCUUUUAGAAGGCAAGCAUGCUUUGAGCUUUUGGAACUUGGCAGAGAAUCUUUGA